GUUUCUCUUGCAACUGAAGAAACACAAGAAAAAUUUGAAAAGGGAAUUUCUGACAAAAUCUCAGAAAAGGUAUCUAGUAGUGAUUUAGAAACAGCAGAGGGUCAGAAAACCUUGGAAGAAAAAGCUUAUCCUCCUCACAAGUCAGGAUUUGGUCCACUGUUGUCUAACCACAAUGUUCCUCCCAUUCCCGUACCUUUGCCACUCCCUAGUCUUCAAGGCUCACUUAUUUUGCCUUCCUUGGCCCAGCAUGUGAAACUGGGCAGAACAGGAGGGUAUGCUGCAGGACACCAGUUCAACCAGGAUGGAUUAGGUAGUUAUGGCCCUCUUCAACCUGUCUAUCUUUCUAAUGGAAGACCUGAGGAAUUUGGAGGACCUAACGGGCUUGAUGGACAUCAAGGAUUUGGAUCAGAACCACAGAGUAGCAAUUUCCCAGGAUUUCCCAACCUUCCUGGAACUGAUCAUUGGCCAUUACCCCAGCCCGAGAUGCCAAAGAUUGUUCAUUUGGAUGUGAAAUGCGAGAAAAAUUUGAUGAAAGUCGCUGUUGAUUUUGAUAAAGCUUUUCACGGAAUCAUAUUUAGUAAGGGCCACUAUAACUACGGUAGCUGUGUUUACCUACCUGCAGGAUCAGGUAGAAAGAGUGUCUACUUCGACGUUUCUAUUAAUAGUUGUGGAACUACAGGAAACACACAGAAUGGUCUUUAUGGCUAUGGUGGAAACAGUGGUAGCGGCACGUUUUUCGAGAACACUAUCAUAGUCCAAUAUGAUCCCCAGGUGCAAGAGGUGUGGGAUCAAGCUCGGAAACUACGCUGCACUUGGCAUGAUCAGUACGAAAAGGCUGUUACUUUCCGUCCUUUCCCUGUGGACAUGUUAGAUGUGGUGCGAGCUGACUUUGCUGGAGACAACGUAGGGUGUUGGAUGCAGAUCCAGGUAGGUAAGGGGCCUUGGGCUAGCGAAGCAGCUGGAAUCGUCAAGAUUGGUCAGACCAUGACCAUGGUACUAGCUAUAAAGGAUGAUGAGAAUAGAUUUGACAUGCUGGUCAGAAACUGUAUUGCCCACGAUGGCAAGCGAGCACCUAUCGAGCUUGUUGACAGUAGAGGCUGUAUUGUCAGGCCUAAGCUCAUGAGUAGAUUUACAAAAAUUAAAAAUUUUGGAUCCAGUGCGUCUGUUCUGUCUUACGCACAUUUUCAGGCCUUUAAGUUCCCAGACUCUAUGGAAGUUCACUUUCAGUGUACUAUUCAGAUCUGCAGGUACCAAUGUCCCGAACAGUGCGCCUAUCCUGUGGAACCUAAUAUUGUUCGAGAAGAUAUCCAAGGGCCUCCUCCUGGCUACAUUCCUGCCGGCAGACCACGUGAGGAACGUGACGUCAGCAAAAAUGUUGAAGCCCACUUUUCAGGUAGUGACUCUAAUGCCUCCUUAGAAGAGAUGACUCAAGUCGGAUUGAACAGGGUUAUUCGUGUAGUUUCGGUUGGAGAUUUGGCUUUCUCAUUAAAAAACAAUGAUUCAGCGCCAGUGAAUUAUACCCAGAGAAGAGAUCAUGACAGCGUUAUCUGUAUGUCAGCACCAGGUUUUGCGGCUUCCUUGGUGGUACUGUUAGCUAUCUUGGUAAUUUCUUCUCUCUUAUCAGCUUUUCUUUGUUUGAAGCAGCGAUCACUAGAUGGCGCAACGUCAAUGCCAUAUGACCUGCCAGCUUUAAAGAAAAACAAUCAUUCAAAUAGUU